AUUCGUCUACCUCCUCCCCUCUUGUACCCUAUUCUCUCAUUCUUUCUCUGUUCCUCGAUCGAAGUCUUCUUUUUGUUCGAAGAUAUGGCAGCCAAUGGCGUUGUUUCCGGCAAGAGCUUGAUCGUCAGCUUCGGUGAGAUGCUGAUAGACUUUGUCCCCACCGUCUCCGGCGUUUCUCUAGCCGAAGCACCCGGAUUCCUCAAAGCUCCUGGCGGAGCCCCCGCUAACGUUGCCAUCGCUGUCGCUAGACUCGGCGGCAAGGCGUCCUUCGUCGGGAAACUCGGAGACGACGAGUUCGGGCGUAUGCUGGCGGAUAUUCUCAAGCAAAACGGAGUCUCCGACGACGGGAUCUUGUUUGACCAGGGCGCUAGAACCGCUCUCGCCUUUGUUACGCUACGCGCCGACGGAGAGCGUGAGUUCAUGUUCUACAGGAAUCCCAGCGCCGACAUGCUGUUGAAGCCGGAGGAAUUGAACCUUGAUCUCAUCAGAUCAGCCAAAGUGUUUCAUUAUGGAUCGAUAAGUUUGAUAGUGGAACCAUGCAGAUCAUCUCAUUUGAAGGCAAUGGAAGUGGCCAAAGAGGCUGGCGCAUUGCUCUCUUAUGACCCUAACCUUCGUCUUCCACUUUGGCCUUCGGCUGAUGAAGCCAGGAAACAGAUUUUGUCCAUCUGGGAUAAGGCUGAUAUCGUCAAGGUCAGCGACGUCGAGCUCGAGUUCCUCACCGGCAGCGACAAGGUAGACGACGAAACCGCCAUGAAACUCUGGCGCCCCAAUUUCACCCUGCUCCUGGUCACCCUCGGUGAAAAGGGUAGCCGAUACUACACCAAGAAAUUCCAUGGGGCAGUCGAUGCAUUCCAUGUAAACACCGUGGAUACAACCGGCGCCGGCGACUCUUUCAUCGGGGCUCUGCUAUCGAAGAUCGUCGACGAGCCCUCAAUUCUCGAGGACGAAUCUAAGUUGAGGCAAGUGUUGAGAUUUGCAAAUGCAUGUGGAGCCAUCACUACGACCAAGAAGGGAGCCAUCCCGGCACUGCCUACUGAAGCCGAUGCACUAGCCUUAAUCAAUGGAGCUUAGCCUCUAAGCAAGUUUACAUUGUUUUUUAUCUUCCUUUUUUUUUCACCCACAUUUCGAUGAGUUUUCAAUUUAUUUCCCUUUUAUUAUGCAACCUGUGGUUUUCCUUAUUUCCUUGCGGUGUAAUGGUGGGAACGCUUUUGUUGUUUUAAUAUAUUAGGAAGAAAGUUUGUUUC